AUGUCAGGGAGCGAUCAGCCACAGGACCUGGUGCUCAUCAAAGAGCUGGAGUUCAUCUUGGAUUCCUGCACACUGGAGCUCAUGCCAGUGGACGAGGUUUGGCCCAACCUCUACAUAGGAAACGUGGCCAUUGCACAGAACAGAAGUGCGUUACGUAAGCUUGGGAUCACUCAUGUCCUGAACGCAGCUCACUCCAAGCAGGGCAGCAUUGGUGACCAGAGUUUUUAUGGAAGUGCCUGUGUGUACUGCGGCAUCCCUGCAGAGGAUUCAGAUCACUUUGACCUCAGUCAGUUCUUCAAACCAGCUGCUGACUUCAUACACAAGGCAUUGAAGAGCAAAGAUGGAAAAGUGUUGGUGCACUGCAUCAUGGGUAUGAGUCGCUCAGCCACGUUGGUCCUGGUGUACUUGAUGCUGCGGCAGCGCCUCUCUCUCUCUGAUGCUGUGAAGCAUGUGAUCCAAAAACGAGCCAUUUAUCCCAACCGGAACUUCCUGUCCCUCCUCCUCAAGCUUGAUGCCCAGCUGGCACACAAGAGGCGGCUGUGUCCUCUCCUCUGA